ACAGUUUCUCAUCUCCCUGCAUCUCGGCCGCUUCCCCGGGGCCGUGGGCGGGAUCUGGGUGUGUCCGGAUGGGGGCGUGGCGGGGCGCAUCCCCUAAAAUCUCCUAGCUCGGUGGGGCGGCGGGUGCCAUGGGGGCGAGGGGCGCGCGGGUGACCCUGUGCGGCGUGGCGCUGCUCUGCGCGCUCGCCCAGGCCGAGCGCCCCGCCGGGAGUCCGAGCUGCGGCCCCGGCCGCCUGCUGCGUGGGACCGGGAUGGACGCGCGCUGCUGUCGCCUCUGCUCCCCGGCUGAAGAGGUUUGUCCUGAGGGGGACUGCACGUGCAUCCAGCCGGAGUUCCACUGCGGGGACCCCCAGUGCGGCACCUGCAAGCACCACCGCUGCCCGCCCGGCCAGGAGGCGAGGCCCAGCGGGAAUUUCAAUUUCGGCUUUGAAUGUGUCGACUGUGUCACAGGGACCUUCUCUGGGGGCCACGAGGGUCGCUGCAAACCCUGGGCAGACUGCUCCCAGUUUGGGCUUCCUACCGCGUUCCCUGGAAACAAGACACACAAUGCCGUGUGCAGCCUGGGGCUGCCGCCCGCCGAGCCGCCCGACCCCCUGACCGCCGCCCUCCUCCCCGUGGCCGCCUGCAUCCUGGUCCUGACUGCCGCCCAGUUCGGCCUGCACCUCUGGCAGCUGAGGAGGCAGCGCACGAGGCCCCCAGGUCGAGACCCAGCUGCUGCUGGAGGCAGGCCCGCCGGCCGAGGACGCCUGCAGCUGCCAGUUCCCUGAGGAGGAGCGGGGGGAGCAGCUGCCCGAGGACAAGGGCCAGCUGAGGGACCUGUGGGUGUGAGGCCCGGCUGUCCUCUGCCACGCUGGACCCAGAGCCGGCCCCUCCCGGGAAGCGGCCCAGCGCUGACCCGGGAGCAAGGGCGCUGUACCCUGCUGUGGGGCCCCAGCCCGGGGCCCGGCCCUGCUCCCCUCGAUGGUGGAAGUGGGUGUGGGUGGUGACAGCGACCAGUCCCCCAGACCAUGCAGAAGAGGCAGCAGCUGCGGCCAGACCCACAGGAGACACAGACAUGGCCAUGCCUGCCUCCCUCCCUCGCUGGCCCUGUGGUCUGUGGGCCCCUGGCUCCCGGGACAGGAGGCUGUGCCCAGUGCAGGACCUAGCUGCGGGCGGUGCUCAAUAAACACUUGUCCAGUGG